UUCCCUCGGUGUCUCUGUGUCUUUUGUCCGCAGUGAGAGACAAACAGCGGUAAAAUGUGCGGCGUGCAGCAGCUGCGGCUGUCGGUACAUGCGCGGAUCAGCGCUGCCGCUGAAGACUUUCUGCUGCAGGUGGACAAAGAAGAAGAAACGGCUCCGGUCCCGGCGCUGAGAGCGCUGCUCACCGAGCGACUCGCGGCGGCGGCGGAGGAGAUCGUCGCUCUGUUUGAGGAAACCGUGGCGGAGUACGAAGACCGAGUGGAGCGGUCAGAGCGGGAGAUCCAGAGCCAGAGGAGGCUGCUCGAUGCCGUGCUGAAGCCCGAGGUCAGGCUGCUGCACACAGCAGAUCUGCCUCAGUCCCUGAUCCUGGACCAGACCAAUGCUCAUUCUCCCGGCGCUGCAGAACUGAACCGGACUGAAGCGAACAACUGUGACAGCGAAGCUCUCUGUGCACGAUCACCUCCACGAUCACCUGCCCCACCUCGGCUCCCCUCCCCCUCUGAAAAGCCUCCUGAGUCUCCUCCCAGCUCAGUCGUCCACAGCAACGAUGAUUCGGACGAUGGCGACGACUGGGCCGAACAGAAACCUCCUCCCAGAUCUCCAAACAAAAAGAAAAGAGGUCGUCCGCCGCUCGCCAGUCACGAGCGUAAAAAGCGUUUGGCGCGCCGGCGUCAGCGGUCGCCUCAGAGGUUCAGCUGCCUGGUCUGUGGACGCGCUCUGCAGGGCAAAGGUUACCUGCUCAAACACGUCCUCCAGGUCUGCGCCAAAAACCCCCACCACCGCUGCGGCUACUGCGGCGAGCGCUUGGACUCGGCCGUCGAGCUGCGGGUUCACCUGCAGGAGCACCGGGAGCGCUGCAAAACCUGCGGCUUCUGCGGGAAGAGCUUCGCGUCCAUUCUGGCGCAGGAGCUGCACGUGCGCAUGCACACGGGAGAGAAGCCGUUCAGCUGCAGCGUCUGCGGCAAGAUGUUCAGUCAGAAGGGAAACCUGACGUCACACAUGCGCGUGCACACGGAGGAGCGAGCGUUCCGCUGUCAGGAGUGCAGCCGCGCCUUCUUUCACAUGACGUCUCUGCAGCGCCACAUGCAGGCGCACGGCGGCGCCGCGGCUCACGCCUGCGCCGUCUGUGCGCAGGAGUUCAAGAAGAAGAUCGGCCUGCGGCAGCACAUGGAGAGCGAGCACGCGGACGUCACGCAGGUGCCGAGGCAGCGCUGCCACUCGUCGCAGUCUCACGUCUGCAAAGUGUGCGGGGAAACGUUUGGCAGGAAGAAGUUGUUGGCCAAGCACGUGGAGACUCACCUUCAGGAUCCAAACUUCAGCUGCGGACUCUGUGGGAGCCAGUACGAGUCCGCCGCCAACCUCGCCGCCCACCUGCGCAGCCACCGCGACGUCAAAAACACCUGCGACAUCUGCGGGAAGUGCUUCCCCGCGCAGGCGGCGCUGCUGAUGCACCUGAGGAUCCACACCGGAGAAAAACCCUUCAGCUGCCGCUUCUGUGGGAAAUCCUUCAACCAGAGCGGAAACCUGAAGACGCACCUGAAGAUCCACACGGGCGAGCGCGCGUUCUCCUGCAGCGUCUGCGGCAAGGGCUUCACGCAGAAGCAGACGCUGGACACACACGUGCGCUUCCACAACAAGGAGCGGCGCUUCCUGUGUCAGGUGUGUGGGAAGGGCUUCAUGCAGGAAGUGGACCUGAAGAGACACCUGCUCAUCCACACCGGGGAGAAACCGUACUCCUGCAGGUUCUGUGGACGCAGCUUCCAGGCCAAGAGGUCGCUCAAUGGGCACCUCAAAGUCCACACAGCAGGGGGCGGCGCCGAGACCGAACUGGACCUGGAACAGGACUCGGAGCAGCAGAGAAAAGACGGUUCGGACUCGGGAUUCCUGCAGCUGUAGAAGACGGAGCGUUUGGUCUGAGAACAGGUCCAGUUUAAAGCGGUUUUUAUGGACCUCGUCUCCGGUGAACUCACAGGUGGCGCUCUCGAGCCAAACUUCACACAAACAUAAACAAACUGUCGUUUACUGCGUCCGGCAGUCAGUUCAAAUGUUUUAUUUUGAAAUCCUUUUGUUCAGAUUUACGUCAGUGACACAAAGUGACCACACGAGGCAGCAGAGGACCAGCAGCUGCUGAUGUCAUCGCUGAUGUCAUCGCUGUCUCGUUCUUUUCUUCAUGGGAUAAAAAACAAACUUCUAAAAACCUGAACUGUCCCUUUAAUAAUCUGUUAACUCUUUUUUUUUACGUGUUUAAUUAAAAACAUGUUUUUCAAA